GCUCGCCGUCAUCGGCGGAUGAAUUCAUCGCAAAGUCCGUGGCGAUUCAACACGUGCGGCGUCCUCGCCGCUCUUCUUAACCGUAGUUACAACGUGGGAGUACAGAAAGAUGGCCACUACUUCGAAGGCGUUUCGAGCCCGGGCGCUCGACUCGAACCGGUCUAUGACUGUAUACUGGGGCCACGAACUUCCGGACCUAUCAGAAUGCAGUGUUGGAAACCGGGCGGUGACACAAAUGCCGUCUGGCAUGGAAAAAGAAGAAGAACAGGAAAAACACCUGCAAGAAGCGAUUGCUGCCCAGCAAGCCAGUACAUCGGGUAUUCAGCUGAACCAUGUCAUUCCAACUCCAAAAGUCGACCGAGUCGAAGAUCAACGCUAUCACUCCACUUAUCACAACAAGAAUAAAAUGCACCGUUCAAAGUAUAUCAAAGUUCAUGCCUGGCAAGCACUCGAACGAGACGAACCCGAGUAUGACUACGACACAGAAGAUGAAGCAUGGCUAUCAGAUCACACUCACAUUGACCCGCGCGUUUUGGAAAAGAUAUUCGACACAGUGGAGAGCCAUUCAUCGGAGACACAGAUCGCGAGCGAAGAUUCGGUGAUUAAUUUGCAUAAAUCACUGGACUCAUCAAUCGUGUACGAAAUAUACGAAUAUUGGCUGUCGAAGCGAACAUCGGCUGCGACGACGUCUGGUUGUGUUGGAGUCGGUGGAUUAAUUCCGAGAGUCAGGACAGAAUGUCGGAAGGAUGGACAAGGUGUUAUCAAUCCGUACGUUGCAUUCCGUCGACGUGCCGAGAAAAUGCAGACUCGAAAGAAUCGGAAAAACGAUGAAGAUUCGUAUGAGAAGAUUCUCAAGUUGGUACAUGACAUGUCGAAAGCUCAACAGCUCUUCGAUAUGACUGCCCGACGAGAAAAGCAGAAGCUCGCGUUGAUUGAUAUGGAAUCGGAGAUUUUAGCGAAACGAAUGGAGAUGUCAGAUUUUGGUGGUUCUCCGAGUUCGUUCAAUGAGAUCACCGAAAAGAUUCGAGCAGCAGCAACGUUGGAAGUCGUGAAACCACCACUGGCAGAAAUCAACGGAUCAGAUGAAGUGAAGAAGAGGAAGAAGCCGAGACGAAAGAUUGCUGAUAAGGAUUUAAUAUCGAAAGCCUGGCUUAAAAAGAAUGCAGAAAGUUGGAAUCGGCCGCCGUCGCUCUUUGGACAACACAGUGGAAAUGUUCCGACGGUUACAACGAAGCCAGUUCGAGAGUCGUUGGCGAAUGGGCGAUUUGCGUUCAAGCGGAGGAGAGGAUGUGUUUAUCGCGCGGCUCUCACCGUUUACAAUGUGCCUACAGCGCCUGCUACAGUACCUCCAGUACAGACUCAAGCAGCAGUGGCUUCAUCAUCAUCGUCAAAAUCAACGGAUAUGGUGCCGUCGAACAUGAAGUUCUUUGAAACUUUUGUUCGGGAUUCACAGGAUUCAGUUUCUCGAUCUCUUGGCUUUGUACGCCGACGAAUGGGACGAGGUGGGCGAGUUGUAUUCGAUCGGAUGCCUCGCAAUCGAGACGACAACGACGAACGCACUUCGACAGAUCCAUGGGCCGAGUAUUGUGUCGCGGAUAGUUCAAGAACCUUCCGUGCUCGAAACAGUUCGCUUGGUACCGAAGAAGAAACCGAUGAUCUAAGCCCGAAAUCUCUGUAUUUCGCUCGCAGUAAUCGGUUCGCAUUCAACGAUGAUGAAACUGAACGGGAAUGGACUUCAAGAUGCCAACAAUCAUCGUGGAGAGAUACAGAGGUGGAUGAUGAGCUGAAAAAGCGGGAAACAACGUCUGAAAAAUUUACCGAAACCACGACGAAUGGAAGUACCAAAACACACACAGAAUCGGAUGAUAGUGAAGUUGAACGGAUGGAGGUUGAUGAUCAAGUUGAUGAAGCUCAAAUAACUGUAUCAUCAUCAAAAGACGAUGGAAUGAAUGGAAAUGAUAAGAACGAGGAUGAAGAAGAUGAUGAUGAUGAUAUGGAUGUAGAUGAACAUCAGACUGUCGUGGGUGUGCAUCAGCACCAGCAGCAGCAGCAUCACCAGCAAAAAGUUCGGCAUCAAAUGAAUGGUGGUGGUGGUGGUGGUGGAGUGGUAAAACUGAAACCGCCGCUGCAAGAACUUUCGCCGCCGCUUUCGGGAAACGGAAGAGCGGACAGAGCGGAACCGACGCCGGUUCCGGCAAAGAUGUGCGGAACGGUGUCGGACUCAGAUGAUUGGAGAGAGCCGAGUGGAUCACCAUCAGAAUCGAAUUCAUCAACCGAAUGGGGUGGCUAUACGCCACAAGAACAGCAUGCAGUUGUUGUUGCCAACGCGGUAGCUGUCGCUUUCAAGGAAAAAUUGAUGAAUGGCGUGGAUGAUGAUGAUGAUCAACAACCAUCGCCGGCUAGAGGAGCACGAGAUCAUUCCAUCAAAGAUUCGAUGUCAACGGUAACACUGCUGGAACGGAAAAAGUUCAUGAUGCCGUCGACAAUCGGUCUAUAAUUUGAACUCUCUGCUGCUGCUUCUGCUACUGCUGCUACUGCUGCUCAUCGCCAAUUUUCAAUCCUCCUGAGAUUUUUUGAUGGUCAUUCAUUGUUUUGUGCAUAUCUCUCUCUCUCUCUCUCUCUCCCAUGAUUCUCAAAUAUUUCAAUGUAUUUACACCCCCACUCUGUCCGCUGCCUAAUCCCCGACCGAAUAAUCAGAUUCGCUGGAAAAAUCUGCGAUUCUUUAAUAUUGCAACCACCCACCCAAUAAUAUGUGUCUCAUCAUCUCGGUACUCUCACUUGAGCCGUGUUUUCUGUAGUAUUUUAUUCUCUAAAAAAAAAUCAUUUUUAAUAUAAUAUACGUACACAUUUAUAUCUGUAAUAUAUAUUUUUAAAAAUGAUUCCCCCCUCCCCUCCAUUCGUUGUUUUUUUUCUGUGGGUUUCAAGCUUUUGAGCUGUGAAAAAUCUCAUCCCAUCAUCAUUUUCUAUUGUUUUUUUUCACAGUUGAAAUAUCCUAUUUUAUCUUUUUCCUUUUUUUUUCAUUUUUUUUUUUUCAUCGUGCGGGAUUCAUUUUUCGUCCCGCGAAACGCCCGCCGCCGCCCAAUCCCACUCUCUCUCUCAGUCUCUUCUUAAUGAUCUUCGAAACUAUUUUUAUUUCCCUCAUUAACAAUUACGAGGUCGUCUUUUUUUUUCCCCACCCCCCACUGUUUGGUGUAAUUUUUGUGUUCGGGGAGGUUUUUUGUGUGUGGAUUUUUGGAUUUUUUGGAUUUUUUCAACAAAAAAUUCCCCCGAAAUCAAAAUUUUUUCCCAUUUUCCCCUCAAUAUUAGUACUGUUGUAUAAAUAAACUUGCUCUCUCUCUCUC